CAAACGUAUAAUAAAAAAAAAACGAAUAAAUAAAGGGAGAAAAUCCCUGCCGCCAUCAAGAGCACAAAUGUCACGUAACUGAAUAGUAGGUCCCACAUAUGAGGCGAAAAAACAAUGGCCCCACACAACCCAUGGGGGCGGCUAUUUCUCAUUAGUCAAAAAUACCAAUAGCCACUAUUGACUCUGUCCCCCGCCCCCCACUCUUUCUUUUUCCUAUAUAACCUCCCUUACCUCCUUUCUCCGUUUUCUCUCUAUUCCAUACACACUCUUUGUUCUCCCAAAAUAGCAAAAUCAAUUUACCAUUCUACCCUGCUUCAGCAUGGCGCCUAAGGAAAAGGCUGGCGCGUUGGCGGUAACGGCGGCGGCGGCUGUGGGGAAAGUGAACGGAAUUUCAAAAGAAGUGCAUUAUAGAGGAGUUAGGAAGAGGCCAUGGGGGAGAUACGCCGCGGAGAUAAGAGAUCCCGGUAAAAAAAGCCGGGUAUGGCUAGGGACUUUUGAUACCGCGGAGGAAGCGGCGAAAGCUUACGACGCCGCGGCCAGGGAAUUCCGCGGCGCAAAAGCGAAGACUAAUUUUCCAUCCGUGGGGGAGGAAAAGGACGAGAAUCUCAAAAUUGUCUGUAAAGUUAACAAUGAGAUGAUUAAUCGGAGGAGUCCGAGUCAGAGCAGUACUGUUGAGUCGUCGAGCCAUGAUGGCUUGGCGUCGGCGGCGGUUAUGGUUGAUUCAUCGCCUUUGGAUCUUAACCUCUCCGGACCAAUCGGUGGGUUUAGAUUUCAGCUGCAAAACAAUCAUAAUCAAUUCCGUUCUUCUCCGAUGUACGGCGGGUUUUCCGGUGGUGGUUUCACCGGUGCUGUUCCGGCGGCUAAUCAUAUGUAUUAUCUGGAAGCUCUGGCACGCGCCGGUGUUAUAAAUCUAGAAAAAAAUCAACAAAGACAGACAAUGGAUUUCCUCGGCGGCAACGCCGGAAAUGGCGGGGGUGGGGGUGGAGGUGGAGGUGGAGGUGGACUUUCGAGUGGAUCCGAUUCAUCAUCAGUGAUUGAUUUUAUGGGCAUAGACGUUAAACCGAUAUCAACCGCCGGAGGUUUGAAUCUGGACCUUAAUUUUCCACCGCCGGAGAACAUGUGAAAUCACCGGCGCUACCUGGCCGCCGCCGAUGAGAGGAGAUUUUUGGCGAACCAUGUUUCUGUUUUAUUUUAAUAUAAUUAGUGCAAUUUUCUUUUUAAAUGUUUUUAUUUAACAGAAAAGGGAAAGACAACAACCAAAAAAAGUAUAUAGAAUUUAGGUGAUAGAAAACGGAAGAGCCGCUGCGGCCGCCGACGCUGAUGUCGGCGGCGACGAUUGAUCACCGCCGAUGUCAAAUAUCAAGAAGGCUGAUCUACUAUUUGUUUUUUGCAACAGAAAAGAAAUCAUUUUGAUUUUGCAAAGCUGUUGUUGUUCAAAUGAUCAUCCUAUAAUAUUAUACAUUGUUGCCGGUUUUUUCAGCUGAA